AUGGCGGCAGCUGGCGGGGAGGGCCCGGCGCGGGCGGAGGGCGAGGGGGCCGCCGGCGGCUUCUCUUCGCCGCCAGCCCAGGAGGCAGAGCCGGGCCGCGGGCAGCUUUUCGACACCGUGGUGGACGCUUUCCUGGAGAAGCUGGUGGCCGCCGGCAGUUACCAGAGGUUUGCUAACUGCUACCAUCGCUUCUAUAAACUCCAGCCUGAAAUGACCAGAAGUAUUUAUGAUCAGUUUAUAUCCCAACUGCAAACUUCCAUUCAGGAGGAGAUUCGUGAGAUAAAGGAGGAAGGGAAUCUUGAGGAGCUCUUUGCCUCGAUGGAUAAAAUUGUGGAGGAAGCAAAGAAUCGGGAAGAGCCUGCGUGGCGCCCCAGUGGGAUCCCGGAGGAAGACAUUCAUAGUGCCAUGGUGCCGUACCUCCUGAAGCACCAGACAUACCUGCGUAAAGCCCUGAAAGAGAAGGAAGAGGAGAACAGGAAGCUGGCAGAGUCUGUAUUGGCCGGACGGGAGAGAAUCUCAGAGAUGCAGCAGCAGAUACAAAAUCGCAAGCAAGCAUGGCAGGCAAUUAGUAAAGAACAGAGAGAACUAAUCAUGACGUUCCAGGAGCCCAAAUGAGGAGGCGGGGGAAGAUUUUGCAGAAGUUUCAUGUAUGGGGUUUAUGUUCAUCGGUGAAGCCUUGCAGAUCUUUUCGGAAGUGGGAUUCUCUGUGCACUUACAUAACUACCCACUCAAAUUUUGCUGAAAACUUGACUUGUCAAGAGCUUUUGUGUUCAUUUGUCAGACAGAAAGGAGAGAACAGUUCACAACACCAUGUGAAAAGUGGAUAUUCUGAAACAGUUAUGGGACAUAAUUGAUCAAAAUGUGUUGAAAUGAGCGACUGCACCAGGGUUUUAGGAGAAUCAGCAAUAACCCCCAAUUCCCAACUAAGCUCAACAGGAAAGAAGAUCUAACAGGUUUUGAAAGCUAUAGCAGAUCUUUGCAUUCAUGCUGCACUAUCUUAAAAGCUUUACCAAACAGAGAGAACUAUGUCUUUCCAAAUUUAAAUGAAUGUAGAAUUUUUAAUACUGAUCACUCUUUUAUGACCACUCAUGGGAUUUCAGGAGUAUAAUAGAGCCAAUUGUAGGUACCUUCUGCAGCAAGUAACACACAUGUACAUCUGAAGGAAAGAAGCAAAUACCAAAACUUCAGCUUAUGGGAUUUCUGGCAGCAGAACAGUCUGUAGAUGUGAAGCCAAGUGACCAUCUAAAGCAGUGAGAGAGAUGUUACACUAGUACAGUGUAUGAAUACCUUGUACAUAGUUACUUGGAAUGGUGUUUUGACAUAACACUUGUUUUGAUAAUCUUAGAACUUUUUUUAAGUGCCUCCCAGUAAGAAAAAUAAACACGUACUUAGUAGUA